UAUUCUUGUAAUCUUCUAAUACUUAUACUCCGUAAAACCUCGAUUUUAUUUCUUAUACCAUGUCUACACCACCUAAAUGAUCUCCUAGCAUUCUUACAGCACAAAACACCCUCUUUCCGACACAUCAUGGCGCCCAACGUGGUCUCGUCGCAGGUCAAGCUUUCCUAUCCUCUCUACGCGGCCGACUUUGAUCCUUACAACCUGGAUUUUUUGCUCGUUGGCGGCGGCGGCGGUUCAUCCUCGACAGGAGUUCCUAACAAAAUCUCAUUGAUCGAUACGACUCGCCGAGAGCAACUAGCAGAGGUGGUCGAUGUUGAACUCGCAAAAGACGAAGACUCGGUGACUAGUCUAGCGGUGUCGGAUUCCUCAGAUGCUUCCUUGGUUGCUUUCGCCGGCAUCAACAGUUCAGUCACGGAUCAGAAUGCAGGCAAGAAUGAACACUUGAGGUCUUUUCGCAUAGGGCUACCCGCAAAGAAGAGGAGGGCGGAUGGGACAACGGUGGAGAAGGAGAAGCCACCGCAGGAUUCACAGGCGCUGGGACGGACAGCGCUGUUCAAGUCGGCGACAGGCACCAAGAAUGAGACAUAUCAAAGAGUGUUGCGCUUCUCACCGGCACAGAAGCCAGGACAACCUCGACUCGCAGUCAUUGCAUCAGGACUAGCUCCCGAGAACGAGAUUGUUGUCUUCAGGGCCACGCCCACUCCAACAUCAAAGGACGAAAUCUCACGCAUCAAUCUGAAGAAUAGUGAAGCAGGAGAUUUGGAUCUUUGUGUGGACGACGAUGAGAAGGCAGGGCAUAUCCUAGCAUACUGCACAGACGAUGAAGUCUUUAUUCAGAAGAUACCUACCGCCGCGAAGAAGAGCAGCCCUAUAUCAUUAUACCGCACGACAGAAUCGACGACUUCCCUUCCACCCUCUAAGAGACCAAGGUUCCGCGCCAUUCGCUUCAUCACACCUCACCAUCUUUUACUCCUCCAAAACAGACCAGGGAGAACUGGUGCCGACCUCCUUGUCUUGAGGAUCUCCCAAGACUUCUCCCAAUCACGAAUAACUCUACGCAAACGGUUGGAUAGAUCCACCAAAGCUGCCGUGGGACUCGACGUCUGCGCGCUGAGUACAUCUGAGCAAGGUGAUCAGCAAACAGUCAUCGCCGUUGCUGGUCAGAGCGGGGAUGCUAGCUCUAUCGAGCUGCUUACGAUCGACUACUCUGGCGCUUCUGGGCUGCUAGGGACGUUUCGAUCUUAUACGCUCUUGCGCAAUGUUCACAGUGGGCCGUUGACGCGACUAGUCUUCUCGAAUUUCCAGGGUCCGUCACUACCCGUUACCAAAGAGACGCCGCCGCAGUCUAUUCGGCUGGCUUCUGUCGGUGUUGACAUGAUGGUAAAAGUGCAGUAUCUACCACUAAGACCUUUUCCGACACUUUAUACCAAGACUCCUCGUUACGUUCUCAUCCCUCCUGGCCGCUCUGAGACGAUGCAAACUACAUUCAGCGUAUUUUUCGCACUCGUGGUGGUUGGUAUCGUAGCGGUUCUGAUGCAGGCUUUCUGCGAGAUUCGAGGAGCUGUGCCUCCCUUGCUCGGCGCAACAGACUGGUUAUCACCUCGAAUGCGGGAUGUGAUAGCUCGCCCAUACAUCUUUGCUGACGGUAUCCCAACCAUUAAACCAUCAGAUAUUCCAAUCGCCGCACAUAGCGCCACCGAAAGAGUCAAGGAUGCUGCCGAGGACGUGCAGUCUGAGAUUGCUCAGGUGGUGUCGGACUUGGAGAAAACACUGGAGGAUUUUGUCAAGGAGAACUCUCGGCUUGAGACCCCCAAAGCCAUCAUCGUUCGUGACGGGGCCGAGGCAGGUGAACUGUCAACAGAGGUCCUUGAACACGAUGCGGAUCUGAUCAAAGACGAGACACUCAAGAAGUGGGAGGAGCUCAGUGAGCAUCAGAAGCGGAACUGGAAGCGGAAACUCAUUGAGACAGGACAAUGGGCUGAAAAGCAGGGUGAGAGCGUGCUGAAAGGCAUUUUGUUCUCGGAGCUUGCUGGAAUGGUUGGGAAUAUGGUGGCCAAUUAGUGAGGGCUAAUAGUGUUAGAUGUGUACAGAAAAACCAUUUGAACUUCUCGC